GCAACUCCUGCGCAGCAGCCAGUGGUUACCAUGUCGCCGGACCGGACGCUCCUCGCCGUGGCGCUGCUCGCGCUCGCCCGCGGCGCCGCCUGCGCAGAACUAAGCGAAGAGCAGUACUACGCCAUGCCGCGCCUGUUCCACCUGGACGAGUACGAGGGCUGCCUGGGCUCGCGGCAGGUGUACUGCCUGGGCAGCUUCGAGCUGGCGCCGCUCGACGGCUCCAGCGAGCUGUUCCACAACAUGAAGAGUUUCUCGUCCAACUGGGUGGACAACUUCAACCACACGCGGCUGCACCGCGGGCUGUGCCUCAGCAGACGAUGUCCGCAGCUCGGCCAGCUGCAGCCUAUGGACGCCUGGUUCACAUCAUGCGUCAACGCCAGCACCGUCUCGUCGCACCAGCUGUCAGCUCGCCUCUACAAGCUGGAUUACUGCCGGCGCGGCGCCCCCCCCUCGCCGCCGCUCUCCGCGAGCGAGCGAGCGCUGGCGUGCACGCUCGCCGCGCUUCUUGCGCUCGCCGCGCUCUCCACCGCUCUAGAUCUGUCGCUCCCCGCACACACCAAGAAAGGACUGAACUGGGCGUUGUCCUGGUCUCUGCCGGGCUGCUGGCGCGCGCUCCGCGCGCCGCCGCCCGCCUCCGCAGACACCGACCUGGCCGGCUUCGACGGGCUCCGCGUGUUGGGCAUGAUGUGCAUCAUCAUAGAACACGUCUGCUGGCUGAACACCUUGGCCUAUCAGGUCGAGACGAGACGUGUCGAGAAGUUACGACGGGCGAGCGACGUGAUGAUGAUGACGAACAGCACGCUGGUGGUGCAGCUGUUCUUCAUCAUGUCGUCGUUCCUGCUCGCGCACAAGCUGCUGCAGCAGCGCCGGCGGGGGGAGCCCGUCAAGUUCUUCUCCACAGUCUUCGAGACUAUGUUCAACAGGUUUAUCAGGAUGAGCCCCAGCUACUUCAUGGUGCUCUGGUUCGCGGCGAGCUGGUGGGAGCGGCUGGGAGACGGACCGAUGUGGACCGCGCUCGUGGGCUCCGAGAGCGCCAUCUGCCGGCACAAGUGGUGGACCCACCUGCUGUACCUGAACAACGUGGUCUAUGCGGACGACAAGUGCCUCAUACAGACUUGGUACCUGGCAGCAGACAUGCAACUGUACUUGUUCUCCCUGCUGCUGACGCUGGCGCUGCUGCGGUGGCGGCGCGGCGCGCUGGUCGCGCUGGCGGCGCUGCUCGCGCUGGCCGUCGGCGUGCUGUUCGCGCUCGCCUACUGGUUCGGCCUCGUGCCCAACAUCGUGCUGCAUCGCCCUGAACUGAUCCGGGAGACGUACCGCGGCGACCUGUCCUUCAACAUCCUGUACCAGUCGCCGCUGGGCAACCUGCCGGGCGCGCUGGCCGGCUUGCUGCUUGCGCACGCGCACCACUACUUGCUGGACUCGCACCGCAGUCUCAAUGAGUAUAAGGUGUUCCGCUGGGCGUCCGUGGCGGCGACCCCGCUGGCGGUGUGGUGGGUGGCGGCGUCCCCGCAGCUGGCGGGCGCGGGCGAGCCGCGGCGGCUGGCGGCGGCGGCGCUGGCCGCCUUCGAGCGCCCCGUCUUCGUCGUGCUCGUCUUCUUGGCGCUGCUCGGGGCCAUGCAGGGGGUGGAAUCGGCGAUGCGUCGCAUCCUGUCGUGGCGCGGCUGGGUGGUGAUCGCGCGGCUGACCUUCGGCGCGCUGAUGCUGCACAUGAUCAUCAACAAGUCGCUGGUGGCCGGCCGACUGGCGCCCACGCAGCUGGACCGGCAGACCGCGAUCCUGGAAUGGUUCGGCGUGGCCUUCGUCUCAUACCUGGCGGCCAUGCCGCUGGCCCUGCUGGUGGAGAUCCCCAUACAGCGGCUGCACAAGGCGCUGACGGCGCUGUGUCGCGGCCCGCGGCGCUCCACGCCCGUGCCCAGUGGCGCCAAGAGCGAUGGCCGUUGAACACCGUUACUUGUAGUUAGUUUUUUAAUGAUAGAUGGCGCUAGCAGUAGGGCUUACUAUAGAAUUUGAAAAAGAAAUGCCUGUACUCCAAACUAUAGGAGUGGUAUAAUGCCUGUAGUAUUUAUAAAUAAAGAAUGGUGGGUCCUUAUUUUAGCAAUUUUCUGCGUACUUAGUUGUAAAGUCGACAGAGUUAUGUGUGUCGUCGUCUUGCAUCGCACGCAGCAUGCUACUUAAUUGUGUAAAGGCGAAACACCCGUCCCUGCUACAUCAAAUUACAUUAGUCACUUCUAUAAUCUUUAUUCCGAAUUCUAUGGCUUGUACCAGAUAAUUAGGUCAAAUUAUACGUAAAAUUACAAAGCAAGAGGCGCCAUUUAUAUAUGUAUAGUAGGAUAGGGAAAUUGUUACCGUGUGAUAGAUGAGUAACGAAACAAAACUUUACGGUAGGUGCCUUGAGAAAGCCUGAUACAACUUGUUUAGUAAGUUUCGACCAAGCAGAAUAUGUAAUUUUAAAUGAUAAAAUAACAUAUUCCUGUUUUUUUAUAAUAAUAAAAUUAUCUUGCGAAAGAAAAUAUGGUUGACUUAAUAUUUUUUUUUCUUUGUAGAUAAACUAAUUGUACAUUUUUGUUUGAUAAGUUUGAGUGAAUCGAAUGCUAAUAAGACACAUUCAUAUAAAUAUGUAACUUUUUCUUUGGCAUUGUUUACCGUAAGGCGUAUUUACAAAAACAAAAUAGUUAAUUCUAUAGUGUUUGUCAUUGUGAAUGCACCUUGAAGCCAACACCAGACUCCCGUAGUAACAUAGAACAUAAGUAAUUAUUGUGAUAGUAUAAUUAGCUAGAGUAAGUGGUGAAAGACUUAUAUUAAGUGGUGAGGCUGACUUUAAUAUACU